UUCUCCACAAUCAACAUGGCAGACGAAGGUGCCAAGUCUAGUGCGAUGGAAGACGACCUGUUUCAGCGGCGGAGUAAGCUUGCUACUGCGGGGGUAGCGGAAUCUGUAGAGCAGGAACAAGAAGCAAAAGUUCUAGUGCUUUUUACAGGAGGAACGAUUGGCAUGAGAACAAACCGAAGUGGAGGAAAAGCAUUUAGAUUUCAGAACCAGCGGACACCAGUGUAUGAGCCAGAAUCAAAUUACAUGAUCCCUGAGCUGAGGAAGUUACCCAUAUUCCAUGACAAAGACUACGCUGAGAAGCAACUGAUGGAGGAAGAAAAAGAUCUACUCGUUAUGCCUAACAGGGGCAUAGGGAACUGUCUUCACAAGCCCACGGAGAAUGACACACGACUGAUGAGAAGUGGACGAAGGGUGAAAUACUACAUAAAGGAGUACAACCCUCUAUUGGACUCGAGCAACAUGAACAUGAGUGACUGGUCAAAGAUAGCCAAUGACAUAUCGACUUUCUAUGAUGACUAUGAUGGGUUUGUAAUCCUCCAUGGAACUGACACUAUGGCUUACACAGCUUCUGCUUUAUCCUUCAUGUGUGAGAACCUUGGUAAACCGAUCGUCCUUACAGGGUCACAAAUUCCGAUAUUUGAGGUGAGAAGUGACGGGAGAGAUAACUUCCUGUCAGCACUGGUGGUGGCUGGACAGUUUUGUAUACCAGAGGUGUUAGUGUUGUUUGGGAACAAGGUGUUGAGGGGCAAUAGGACCAUUAAGAAUGACUCAGGUAGUUUUGAUGCUUUCAUAUCACCCAACAUAGCAGCUAUAGCAGAGCUUGAGACAGACAUCACAGUUGAUUGGUCCCUUGUGUUUAGAAGUGGUACCACAGAAAAGUUCCGUAUCCACUGUGGAAUGUGUCAGAAUGUGGGUCUAUUAAGACUUUUUCCAGGCAUCUCGGAACAGCUGGUGCGAUUGUUUCUCCAGCCACCAAUGCAGGGAGUGGUCCUUCAGUCGUACGGGGCUGGUAACGCCCCCGACAACCGCCCAGAACUUUUAAAGGCCAUAGAAGAGGCCAUCAAUAUAGGAGUGAUAAUCAUUAAUAUCACACAGUGUACCCGAGGGUAUGUGGAUGCUACUUAUGCCACAGGAAAGGCACUUUAUGAUAAGGGAGUGAUACCUGGGGGCGAUAUGACAGCGGAGGCAGCUCUCACCAAACUCUGCUACGUACUCAGUAAAAGCUCGCCUUUGGAAGACAAGCGUAAGAUGAUGAAAAGAAACCUGCGAGGAGAAGUCCGCUCUCUCCACAUUGAGGAUAUUUCCAUUCUGGACUUUGAGUUGAUCGACUCUGUGGCUAAGGCUCUCAGUAUCAGCACUAAGGAGGAAACUGUAAAGCUGAAAGAUGCUCUCUAUCCUAAUCUGAUGUGUGCUGCUGCCAAGAGUAACGAUGUCCAGGCCCUGGAGAGACUAAGGACCACUGGUGGCAAUUUGUCAGCUGGAAACCAAGAUGGACGAACAGCAUUACACGUGGCUUCUAGAGAAGGCCACCUGCCUGUAGUACAGUACCUCCUCCACCACGGGUCAACAAUCCACACAAAGGACCAGCAUGACCACACCCCUCUCAAUGAUGCCAUCAUCAGUAAAAACCAUCAGAUCAUCACCCUGCUGGUCAGGACUGGUGCCCACCUUACCAUGCAUCCAAUUCGCAUCGCAAUGGAGCUGUGCAGCGCUGCAGCACGGGAUGAGGUGAGCACGCUUCAGGCCUGGAGAGCAGCAGGCGCCGACCUCAACAUGGCCGAUUACGACAAGAGGACGCCGCUACAUGUGGCAGUGGGUACCAAGAAGCUGAGUGCUGUGAGCUAUUUGUUGGAAAAUGGUGCUAGGUGGGAUACCAAAGACAUUUUUGAAAACACAGCCGAAAUGCAGGCAAGGAAACCGGGAUAUGAGGAAAUCCUCCCUCUUAUAGAGAAAAAGAUACAUGAUGAGAAAGCUGGGGCCCUAACUUCUUAGAUGUGGCACUACAAG